AUCUCAUUUCCCAAUCAAUUCUCACACACUCCUUGUUUGCUUGUAUUGGGAGCAAGAGCAACCCCACAUCCUCCAUUGUUGUUCUAAAACUUCUUCACUUGCAUUCCGAAGAAGAAGAAUAAGUAGAAGAAGAAGAAGAAGGAGAAUACUGAGAAGAAGAAAUCUGGAAUAGUUAUUAGAUUGCAGAAAUCGAAAAUGAGUUCAGGAAUCAAAUCUUCAAAACCCUCUAAACCCCCAAACCAAACCACCACAGCGCCUUUAAGAUCUUCGACUUCUUCUUCACUAUCUUCCCACUUGGCAAUGGUGGAGCUGAAGCAGCGAAUCCUGACCUCGCUUUCCAAGCUCUCCGACCGCGACACUCACCAGAUCGCCGUGGAGGACCUGGAGAAGAUAAUCCACAGCCUCUCCCACGACGGAGUCCCAAUGUUCCUCAACUGCCUCUACGACGCCGCCAAUGACUCCAAGCCUGCCGUCAAGAAGGAGAGUCUCCGCCUCCUCGCCGCCCUAUGUGCCUCCCACGCCGAUUCCACCGCCUCUCAUUUGACCAAGAUCAUUGCGCAUAUCGUGAAGAGGCUCAAGGACUCCGAUUCGGCCGUCAGGGACGCGUGCCGUGACGCCAUUGGCUCCCUCUCCUCGCAGUACCUCAAGGGCGAGGCUGAAACCGGUGCUCUUGCCUCUGUUGUUUCCUUGUUUGUGAAGCCUCUGUUCGAGGCUAUGGGCGAGAAUAACAAGACUGUACAGGUCGGAGCUUCAAUGUGUAUGGCUAAAAUGGUGGAAUGUGCUUCCGACCCGCCUGUACUCGCAUUUCAGAAGCUUUGCCCACGGAUCUGCAAGUACCUUAAUAGUCCCAAUUUCAUGGCCAAGGCUUCACUCUUGCCUGUUGUGUCAAGCUUAUCUCAGGUUGGAGCCAUUGCACCACAAAAUUUUGAAUCAUUAAUGCGGAGCAUACACGAAUGCAUUGGCAGCUCAGAGUGGGCAACUCGUAAAGCUGCAGCUGAUACUUUAAGUGUCCUGGCAUUGCAUUCAAGCAACUUGGUAACUGAUGGAGCUGCUUCAAUAUUGACUGUGCUUGAAGCUUCUCGGUUUGAUAAGAUAAAACCUGUUAGAGAUAGUAUGUUGGAGGCCUUGCAGCUAUGGAAGAAAAUUGCAGGAAAAGGAGAUGGAGUUGCAGAUGACCAAAAAUCUAUAUCUCAUGAUGGUGAAAUUUCUGAAUCAGCUGAUUUAUCAGAGAACAAGGAGCUUCAGAAUCAUGAGAGGCAUGAGACUGUGGUUAAAGAUUCUUCCAAUAAACCUUCUCCUACUGAUUCUUCUUCCAAAACCAAGGGUGGCAACAUCUCUGAAAAAACUGUUGGGAUAUUGAAGAAAAAGGCUCCAGUUCUGAGUGAUAAGGAGUUGAACCCAGAAUUCUUCCAGAAACUAGAAAGAAGGGGUUCAGGUGAUUUACCUGUAGAAGUUGUUGUCCCUCGUCGAUGUCUUAAUGCAUCAAAUGUACAGAAUGAGGAAGAGUCUGAGCCCAGUGACACCGCAAAGGAAAGGAUAAGGGGAAACAACCAUCCAAAUGACAGAUAUAUUAAUGCUGAGAAAGUCAUUUCUGGAGCAAGUUGCAGAGAGCAAGAUACACUUAAUGGGAUUGAUCUAAGUCAAAGGGAGUCAUCCAGCAGCCAUGCUAGUUUUGCUAAAAGUGGUGGGCAGUCCGAGGGGUUUCUGAAUAACAAAGGAAACUGGCUAGCUAUUCAAAGGCAGUUGUUGCAACUUGAGAGGCAACAGGCUCACCUCAUGAACAUGUUGCAGGAUUUCAUGGGCGGGUCUCAUAAUAACAUGGUGACUCUUGAGAACAGAGUUCGUGGUCUUGAAAGAGUUGUUGAAGACAUGGCACAAGAUUUAUCAAUAUCUGCAGGUCGAAGAGGUAGUAAUUUUAUGAUCGGAUUUGAGGGGUCAUCUAACAGGCCUUUAGGAAAAUACAAUGGCUUCCCAGAAUAUGGUGGUGGAAAACUAGUGACAGGUAGCGAUGGUCGCAUUCCUUUUGGAGACAGGUUUGUACAAUCUGAUGGUAUUCCUUCAGGGAUAAGGGGAAGGGGUCCGCCUUGGAGAUCUGAAGUUACUGAUGCUAGGGACUUUCAUACAUAUGGUAAGAAUGUGUACAUGGGCUCUAGGAGAGGUGUGGCUGGUUCAAUGGAUGGCAGGUCACCUAAAUCUGAAAAUGAGACUGAUCAGGUGGGUAGCAGAAGAGCUUGGGACAAGGGAGCUCUACCUUUUGGGUUUGGUGAGGGACCUUCCGCAAGAAGUGUCUGGCGAGCUUCAAAGGAUGAAGCAACUUUGGAAGCAAUACGUGUUGCUGGUGACGACAGUGGAACUGCUCGAGGUGCCAGAGUACCUAUUCCCGAAUUAACUGCUGAAGCAUUAGGUGAUGGUAAUAUUGUCCAAGAACGUGAUCCAGUCUGGAUUUCUUGGAGCAAUGCCAUGGAUGCACUUGUUGCAGGUGAUGCAGAUUCAGCUUUUGCUGAAGUUUUAUCUACUGGGGAUGACCUCCUGCUUGUAAAGCUAAUGGAUAGAUCAGGUCCCGUGAUUGACCAACUGUCUAAUGAGGUAGUAAGUGAGGUUGUGCAUGCAGUUGCUCAGUUUCUGAUGGAACAAAACUUGUUGGACAUCUGCUUAUCUUGGGUUCAGCAGCUGGUAGAUAUUGGAGUAGAGCAUGGACCUGAUGUCCUGGGUCUCCCGGACGAAGUGAAAAAGGAACUCGUGUUGAAUUUGCAUGACGUCUCUUCAUCAGUGGAGUUGCCUGAGGAUUGGGAAGGCGCAACGCCUGAUCAACUCUUGUUGCAGCUGGCUGCGGCCUGGGAAAUCGAUCUGCAAAAGCUCGAGAAGUAGGGGUAAGUAGUUAACCUUGUUUGGCCUGUUUGAAGUAACAACCUCUAAAUUGUACACAAAUACACCCACUUUUUGUUGUUAACGUUUCCUGUGAUUUGUAGUUUGGACAAUAGGUAUUUGUAAUUAGAGUAUUCUAUUUUUCAUUUUGAUGCUGAUUGUUGAUUGGUUUCUAUAUGGAA